AUGGCGCCCACCAUCCGGCGGCAGCUCUUCCAGGAAGCGUCGUUAAAAUCGGCUUCAUCCCAUCGGCCGAAAUCCAGCCGGGCGUCAUACGACUCGCCCAUCAGCAGAUCGGCUUCCAGAAUCGGGCCGGAGUUACCGGUCAUGGGCAAAACACUCAUCAAUGUGGUCAUGGACCUGGCUGCUUCUCUACUGGAUGAGGUUGUCGUUAUUGGCUACGGGACGCAGCGGAAAAUCGAUGUCACAGGUGCGGUAGCGACACUCGGUGGAGACGAUAUCACACCGCUGCCAACUCCCAAUUUUGAGGAGGGUAUGCAGGGAAAGAUCCCAGGUGUGGAAAUGAAGAAAACAUCUGCGGAACCAGGUGGGGGGACCUCAGUCAAGAUCAGGGGAGUGAAUUCACUCUUGGGGAAUAAUCAGCCGCUGUACGUGAUCGACGGUUUUCCCAUGACCAAUGAUAAUUCUAGUCGUCCGGGCGGUUGGGAAUCUCAGAGGGCGACGAACCUGCUGGCAAGUCUGAAUCCAGCUGACAUCGCAUCCGUACAGGUCUUGAAGGACGCAUCCGCCACGGCCAUCUACGGCUCGCGUGGGGCCAACGGUGUGAUCAUCAUCACAACCAAAAAGGCCAAGGCGCCGUUCGAAUUAAGUAACGUGGAGGACUAUGCCCGGAUUGAAAAUGAAGCCAUCGCGAACAACGGUGGCGUUGAUUUCCGUUAUACAACCGAUAAUACGUUCGGACUCACAAAUGCUACUCCGCAAGAACUGGGAGCCAGAUUUGGCAAUGGGACCGACUGGAUCGAUGAAAUACUUCAGACCGGACAGCUCAAUAAUUACAAUCUUUCCAUGCAAGGGGGGAACGAGCGUACAACGUACCUGAUAUCUGCCAACUAUUAUGAUGAGACCGGGAUCAUACUUACCUCCAAUUUCCAGAAAGGGGGCUUGCGGGCAAAUGUCAGCAGUCAGCUUACAGACCGUCUGAGGGUGCGUGUAAAUAUGAGCGCUUCCCGCUAUACGGCCGACCGUUUCACACAGCACGGCCGACUGACCGGCGGCGGACCGGACCGGCUGGGAGUCGUCACCGAAGCCUUUCGAGCAAAUCCUAUGACCACUCCCGAAACACCCCAUCUCGAACCGAACAACCUAUUGCAGUACGAACCAGGUGAGGCGAAUGUCACCAAUUUCGUCUACAAUCCGGUCCGGCAGAUUAAUGCUGUGGAAAACAGUGAUGCGAUGAACUUUUUCCUUGGCUCCCUAGCCCUGGAAUACAAUAUCCUGAAGGAUUUGAAAAUCACUUUCCGCGGAGGUGGUAAUGUCCAGAGCCAGGAAAGGAUCAACUUCAUACCUUUCAGUACACCGGUUGGUGCCUGGUGGAGCGCACUCGGCACGCAUAGUUUUUACGACCGGCGGAAUUUCGUAUUCGAGAAUUACGUGAAUUAUGUCAAGAAAUUUGGCGAUAAACACAGUCUUGACGCUACCAUUGGCUAUUCACUUGAAAAUGACCGGAUACAGAGCAAAUCCCAAUCCGGUAGCGGUUAUAAUUUUGACAUACAGGGCAUCUACGGCUGGGGCCAGCUGGCAGUUCCUGGUCCUUUGAGUAUCAGUGAAUCAGAACGGACCCUGGCUUCGACCUACGGGCGCUUGUUUUAUAAUUACGAUGAUCGUUACCUAGUGACUUUUACCGCACGAAGGGACGGUUCCAGUGUGUUUGCCGCCAAUAAUAAAAAUGCAUUUUUCCCUUCCGGGGCGGUGGCAUGGGUGAUUUCAAAUGAAUCAUUUAUGGAGGGUGUGAGCUGGGUGUCAAACCUGAAACUAAGAGGUAGUUUCGGACAGGUAGGCAACCAGGCCAUUGCUCCAUACCAGUCUCUGGCCCGGGUGGGAUCAAGUCUGUACGUUAUUGGGGGAUCAAGGGUCAGCGGAUUGGCACCAACAUCACCGGCCAACCCCGACCUGAUUUGGGAAACCACGGAGCAGCUCGAUAUAGGUCUGGAUGCCAGUUUUCUCAAUGACAGGAUUCUGUUUAGUGCUGAUUUCUAUAAAAAGAACACCCUUGACCUGCUACAAGGCAAGCCUGUUCAGGGCAGCACUGGAUAUGAAGCUUUUACCACCAAUUUCGGUGAAAUAUCCAAUACAGGAGUCGAAUUAUCCCUGGGAGGCGCCAUCCUUUCAGGGGCGACGGGGCUGAGGUGGAACACUAGCUUUACCGGCAGUUUCAAUCGAAACAAGAUAGAGGACCUGGGCACGGCUGCUGACGGCAGUCCUCUCGAGAUCGCACUUCCCCCUGGCGCCGGUGUUUCUGCUGGCAGGGGAAGCCCGACCAGAUUUGUGCUGGGCGAGCCCAUCGGCACCUUCUGGGGAUUGGAAUGGCUCGGCAACCUGUCACAGGCAGAUGUAGAUGGUGGUACUGCUGUUCUCGGCGGGCUCAAUGAGCCGGGUGACCAGAAAUUUUUCGAUACGAACGGAGACGGACAAAUUACAGCGGCCGAUGCCAAACCCAUUGGAAAUGCACAGCCCGAUUUCAUAUUCGGAUGGGACAAUACCUUUUCUUACAAAAACUUCACUUUGAAUUUCUUUUUCAACAGUGUCGUUGGCGGAAAAAUCCUGAACUUCCUUAAACAAUAUACCGAACUCGGAGGCGCCCGAGGUGCGGGUGGCCAUCAUUCUAAGGAAUAUGCUGAGAACCACUGGCGGCCCGACAAUACGGAUACACGAUUCCCAAGACCAGGUGGAGGCAGUGGUUCGGAUAAUAGCUACUUCCUUGAGGACGCUACCUUCGUUCGUCUACAAAACGCUUCGCUGAGUUACAGGAUACCCACGGAUGCCCUAGGUUGGGACUGGAUGAGAAAUGCUACCGUUUAUCUCAGGGGUUCUAAUCUCUUCGUCAUUACCGAUUAUAGCGGUUUUGAUCCCGAAGGACAGUAUACGGGCCAGGAUGCUGCGAACCAGAAUAUCGACCUGGGUAAUUAUCCGAGGCCAAGAAGUAUCGAGUUUGGUGUAAAACUGGGCUUUUGA